AUGUGGAUAACAGAAGCUUCAAGUGCUGCUGCUUCAAGGGGCCCCAGGAGCUUCUUAGGGGGCCCCUAUGAUACCCUACCUGGGUCCCCUUAUAGACAAGGUAAAGGGGGUUUAAGAAGACAAGAUAAAGACGAUAAAGAUGAUAAAGAUGAUGAACACUUGUGGUUAAACGAUUUAUAUACAGAUGAUAUUAAAAAUGUCUCUUCAGCUGUAUUUAUCAGAGGCCUACCCCCUGAUAUCACUCAACAAGAAAUACUCGCAAACUUCUCUAGAUGCGGCAAUAUUGUUGGCGUCAAAAUGGAUGCACGAGGGCGUGUGGUUACAGCUGAAGUAUCUUAUAGAGAGAAAGCUGCUGCAGCAUUUGCUGCAAAGACAUUUAAUGGGGUGUAUAUACAGCCGAAGAAGAUCAGAGAUAAUAAAGAGGGUUUAGACGAGGUGCCUAUACACCUCAAACAUCAACAAACUCCAACCCGUCUGAAGGUUUCUGUCGUAGACAAAACCCAGCAGCCAAGCGGAGUGCAGCAAAUUGAAGAGAGUGAUAUACCCUGUACGUACACCCCAAAUAUACCCUAA